UAAAAAGCGUACAACUGCGUUUAAGUCGGCUUUCAUCAAGUGCAAUUGCAGCAGUACAAGUGCAAUAUGUUUCUGUUAUUAGUCCUCGCGGUGUUAGCGUUAUUGUACUAUUUGUACAUCAAACCUUUGUGGUAUUGGAAAAGCAGAAAUGUCCCGUUCGAAAAUCCUGUUCCUGUAUUUGGAAACAUGAUGAAACCUACUUUCAAACUGGAACAUAUCAUCACAGUUAUUCAGAGGAUGUAUAAUAACAGCAAAGAUUCACCAUAUUUUGGAUUCUUGAACUUUCAAAACCCAAUUUUGGUUUUAAAAGAUCCUGAACUAAUUAAAAAGGUGACGGUUAAAGAUUUUGAUGUUUUUCCACGCCACCGUGCUAUGGCCGACGAAAAAAUCGACCCGCUUUGGAGUAAAAAUUUAUUUUCGGUUCAAGAAGUUCAGAAAUGGCGUCACCUACGAGCAACUUUAUCUCCUACAUUUACAGCCAAUAAAUUAAGAAUGAUGUUUGAUUUGAUGCAAGAGUGUGCCAAAAACUUUACAAAACACUACCUCCAGCAAGAAGAUGAAGUUGUUGAGGUGGAUAUUAAAGACGCCUUUCGGCGUUAUGCUACUGAUGUGAUUGCAACAACUGCUUUUGGAAUUACCUGUAAUUCAGUGAAAGAUCGAAACAAUGAAUUUUACAUUAUGGGCUUGGAUGUUAGUAAUUUCAAUGGCAUUCGGGCCUUAAAAUUCUUUUUGUACAGCAGCAGUCCGGCUAUAUGCAAAAUACUGCGGCUUGGAAUUUUUGGCAAAACCGUUUCGAAUUUCUUCAGGAAAAUUGUGUCAGAUAAUAUUCGAAUGCGUGAAGAACAAAGUAUCGUCAGGCCAGAUAUGAUACAUCUCCUAAUGGAGGCAAGAAAAGGAAAGAUGAAGAAAGAAAAACCGGAACCUGUAGACCUAGACGUAGAUAGUUUUGCAGCAGUAGAAGAAUCGGAAAUGGUAAAUAAAGAAGCUAGCUGGCAAAUGGAAAUUACUGACGAAGAUAUCACAGCUCAGGCAAUGGUGUUCUUUUUAGGCGGUUUCGAUACUACAUCCAGCAUGAUGAGCUUUGCCAUUGCGGAGCUUGCUGUAAAUCCUGAAAUUCAACAGAGAUUAAGAGAGGAAAUAAACGACGUGGUUGAAAGAACAGGGGGGAAAAUAAAGUACGAAGAUAUUAACCGUAUGAAAUACUUCGACAUGGUUAUAUCAGAAACAUUGAGGAAAUGGGCUCUUGCAGUCUUUCUGGAUAGACAGGCUGUAAAACCGUACACCAUUUCGCAAGAAAAUGGAAAACCCGCCUUACGAAUCGAAGAGGGUGAUGUGAUAUGGAUUCCUGUUUAUUCUAUACACAGAGAUCCCAAAUACUAUCCGGAUCCGGAAAAAUUCGAUCCAGAAAGGUUCAGCGAUGAACGCAAACAUGAAAUAAAACCGUUUACUUUUCUACCUUUUGGAACAGGUCCAAGAAAUUGCAUUGGUUCAAGAUUUGCACUCUUGGAAGCCAAAAUCGCUUUGUUCAAUAUUCUAAUCCACUUUGAGGUCGUUCCAACCAGUAAGGUUACGCUGCCUUUAAAGUUAGAUGAAAAACUAUUUAUGCCACAAAUUGAAGGCGGAUUCAUAUUUAGUCUAAAGAAGAUAAAAACAAGUUUCGGUGAUUAUCUCAUAAGUUGAAUAAGAAUUUUAGAGUAGAUUGUAUGAAUUUUGUGAUAAGUUAUUACAAGUAUACUAUUGUUGAAAUAUGAUAAGGAAAUAGUAGGUACAAAUUACCGAUAUUAAUUGUAUUUGAAAACUGUAGUAAUAAGUUAUAAAAUAAACAUUUCAACGUA